GACCAAAGCACAUGAAGAAAGAGGAGCUGGAGGCCAACGGAGAAGAAGGGACCAGGUACAGGAAGGAGCCGUCGCCGUGUCCCAUCUGUGGCAAGGUGUUCUCCUGCAGGAGCAACAUGAACAAGCACCUGCUGACUCACGGCGAUAAGAAGUACACCUGUGAGAUUUGCGCUCGCAAGUUCUUCCGCGUGGACGUCCUGCGAGAUCACAUCCACGUUCACUUCAAGGAUAUAGCCUUAAUGGACGAGCAGGAGAGAGAAGGCUUCAUCAAGAAGAUCGGCAUCUCAGCAGGCGACAGCGACGACACGGACGAAGACGAAGAGGAAGACGACCCCGAGCACCACAAGUACAACUGCAAGAAAUGCCAACUGUCGUUUGCUAAAGGCAAAGAGUACCUGAAGCACAUCAUGGAGCAGCACAAGGAGAGAGGCUACGGCUGCGGGAUCUGCAAUCGCCGCUUCGCGCUGAAGGCCACGUACAACGCUCACCUGGUCAUCCACAGAGAGCAGCUGCCCGACCCCGCAGUGCAGAAGUACAUCCACCCGUGUGAAAUCUGUGGCCGAAUCUUCAACAGUAUUGGAAACCUGGAGAGGCACAAGAUCAUCCACACCG